GUCUUUCUCUCUCGACAGAGUGUCGUCGAUGCAGAUGAGGAACAUCACAAGGCCUUUACGUGAAGCGUCCACUCGUAUGUCGCCUUCAAUGCUCUGCUCGGUAACACAGCACUCACCAACUGCAGACACUCGUUGCGCUUCUGAUAGAACAGUUUGCACUGCCUUGCCCAUUAUAAGUCAAAAGACAAGAUGUGCUUCGGAAAGCGAGCCUUCAUCGUCACUCGAAAGAAGGGCGUGUCGCAUUUGCCAGUCAGAAAGUGGUGAAAUGGUGCGACCUUGUGCUUGUGCUGGAACGAUGGGUGACAUACAUGAGAGGUGUCUUUCUCGGUGGGUGGCUAUGUCCAACAAAGACCAGUGUGAAAUUUGCCAAGAAAAAUAUGCCCGAAGUGGUCGUACGUUGAAAGCAUUGAAGGAAUGGGAAAGACCUCGUAUUGGAUCCGAAGAAAUUCUCUCUAUAGUACUAAUAGUGGCGUUAACAUAUUCUGUGAUCUACUUGAUAAGCCUAUGCGAUGAAAGAUUAUUCUUAGAAAGGAUGAGUACUUUACCAGUACGAUCGGACGACAUCGGCCGUAUUUUUGUGAUGGUGGUGCUUGCCUCUACUCUACUCGCAUCCGUGUUCGGCAUUUUUCGACAAAUGAAAAAGUAUGUUUUCAAGCAAAUGGAGAUAAAAUUCAUCAACAAAUCAUCCGUAACAUCAAACAAGUCAACUUAGUGGAUGCAAAUAA